GACACAGCAUGGCCGGGCGGAGUGGCCGGAUGGAGCCUGAGCUGGAGCCCCGCGCGGGCCGCCGCCUCUUCAGCCCUGCUGAGCUGCGGGCAGCUCGGACGCGUGACCGCAAGGUUCCUCAGCACUCACACGGACAGAAGGACUUCAUCCCCGAUAGCUCGGAAGAACAGGCAGAGAGGCUGCACCGGUGUCGGGAGGAGCACUGGCAGCUCCUGGCAGAGGAGCGCGUGGAAAGGCUGGGAAGUUUGGUGACAGCUGAAUGGAAGCCACUAGAGGGCAUCGUGGAGCUGAAAUCCCCUGCGGGGAAGUUCUGGCACACUAUGGGGUUCACAGAGCAUGGCAAACAGUGUCUUCUGCCAGAGGAAGCCCUCUAUCUACUGGAAUGCGGCUCUGUUCAGCUCUUUUACAGGGACCUGCCUUUGUCCAUACAAGAAGCCUAUGAGACCCUGCUGUCCCAAGGGACGGUGAGCCUGCCGCAGUAUCAGGUGUUCAGCCACUUGAAGAGACUGGGUUACAUUGUGCUGAGAUUCUGCCCCAGUGCUGUCCCAUCUCAAUACGAGAGGCAGCUGAACCUGGACAGUUAUUGCAAGAGCUCUGGAAAACGCCAUCACAAAAGGAAGAGAAGCUCCAGCCCCUGGUUACAAGGCAAGAAAGCGAAGGCAUCUGGGAAUCCUCCAGAAAGUGAAGGGACCCCAGAAAAGGCCAGUGACAGCUGUGGUGGUCCCAGUCACCCAGCGUCUGAGGGGAGCUGUUUGUCAGAGAAGUCAAAAGAAUCAGAUCCUGCCAGUGGAGAGGGGGAGUCAGCCCAAGUUCCCACUGAUGCAGUACAACUCGGCAAGCUCCCCAGUUGCCCACAGUCUCAGGCUGGAGACUAUGGGAAGGCUGCUGGGGACAGCUGCAGUGGCACCCACCUGCCCCGCUGGGACUUCACCAGAAUCGCCUUCCCCAACAUGGCUUCUGAUUGCCCACACACCUUCCUGCCACAGCCUGACGAGAGACUGCUCCCAGAGAACGUAGCUGGGCGGGAGGCUGAUGCCACCCGCUGGCGCAAGCUGGUCAACCAGAAGCGUGAGAAGUUGUCACGGAAGGAGCGGGAGCAGCGAGAGAGGGAGAGCAGAUACAAGAGCAGUGUCAAUGCGGACAGGGAGGUGAGGCGCUGCUCCAACUGGCAGGAAUACAAGGAGCUUCUGAAGCAGAGGAGCCAGCGGAGGGCAGGGAGGCGGCCUUCGCACCUGUGGGACCAGCCUGUCACCCCACUGGUGAAGCCGUAUCAAGUGGCCUCAGCAGCUGCUGUCCUCCAGCAGAUCAGUGUGCUGCAGCCUUCUCAUAUCCUGGAUGGAGCCUCCCGGCUGCAGGAGGAUAUGGAGGGCAUGAAGAUAGACUUCAGUGUGUAUCAAGCAGAUGCAGUGGCCAACUUCAAGAAGAACAACCCUGGAAAGCCUUAUGCCAGGAUGUGUGUGCGGAGGUUUGACGAGCAGAUCCCAUCCCUGCGGGCAGUGAAGCAGCUUACCUAUCAGAGUGAGGAUGUCCCAGUGGUCUUUGCACUGGUGGACAAUGGAGACAUUGCUUUUUACUCUUUCAAGGAGUUCAAGCUGCCUGUUGAUGUUUAUCACUGAAGUUACCAUCCCUUGAAGAAAUGGCUUUGGGCAAAGGGUGAGGGACUUUACUCAAGACUUAAUUUCCUGAUUCAUGGACUAUUAUAUCAAUUAGAAUCUCUGAUAACCAGUCUGCGUGCAGGAGGGAUAACCAUCUUAUCCACUGCUACAGGCCUCAGCCAGCUAGGAACUAGCUCAUUCGUAAAAGCAAGAUACACUUCAAACAAACAAGUAUGAUGUUCUAUGCUUUAGCUGGGCACCUCCUCACUGGAGUGCUGCUUUGUUCUUUAAGCCCCUGGUUCUCCAGCUCUUAUCGUCCUAUGGACCACUUACCUAUGACAUUUUCUCAGUCCUUGUGGGCCUGUAGAACAAACUUCACUGGAGAUCCACACAUGGUAUUCUGACAACCACUGGGCUUGGCCAGUCUGAAUACAACAUAUGAAUGGUUUAAGAACUACUGCUGUAGCUCAAUCAGACUCAUAAGCUAAUCAGGUCAGUCAAUGGUAUAGCAAGCCUCUGUUACUCUACUGCACCAGCACCCAUCUACUAAAAUCUUUAGCAGAGUAUUGGUGUGAUCAGGAUCGGCGCCAGGGUGUUUUGGCACCCUAGGCGCAGGGCCGACUCACCGGUUCCGUGGCUCUGGUGGACCUCCUGCAGGCGUUCCUGUGGACGGUCCGCUGGUCCUGCGGCUCCGGUGGACCUGCCUGGAGCUGCGGGACCUGCCCGGAGCCACGGAACCAGCGGACCCUCCGCAGGCACGCCUGUGGGAGGUCGACCAGAGCAGUCUGCCGCCCUUCCAAAUCCUGGUGCCCUAGGCUACCGCCUAGGUCGCCUAAAUGGAAGCGCCGGCCCUGGGUGUGAUAGAAGCAAAGGCAAGGCAACAGAACUCUGCUACAGAAAUGAUGAUGCUGGCUUUGCCUUGGUAUUUGUAUGCCAGCAGGAGAUCGUAGUCUUAGGCGAAUGCUCACUUUGUAAGCCAGUGGAGUCACAGAGAGCCACGAAGUCACUGCAGAGGAACAUGCUAACGUCGUAUUAUGGUGUUUGUGUUGAGAUGUAUCAUUGCAACACAGCGGCAUCUCCUAUUAAAACUAUAGCACACAGCGUCAAGACAUCUCACCAUUACAAUAGUGUGACCCCUUGUUUCCAUUUGAUGCCCUUUCUCCUGGAUGCAGGUACAUGUUUCUCACUCUCUCUUGCAAGUGAGAGAAGCUCUGAUUAAACCUGCAACUUCCCCAUAAGCUGAGCCUGAUAGUUUUGUGGGUCUAGUGCUCCAGGCUGAGGAUCACUGUCCUAUACCAUUGACAGUAUCACCCAAUUGCCUUCCAACUGUCGUCAGCAUGGGAACCCUCCCCCUGAAUCUCCUGAUACCAAACUUUCUUUAACUUCUAUGCAAAAAUGCCAAUGUGACUAUGCCAGAAAGUCUUGGUCUGUGGCUAAAAGGGACCUUCUAACACUAUUGUGCUCAGGGUGCAGCUUUCUUAAGGAGUGUUACAGCAAAUGUUUUAGAUGCAUUUUAUUUGAUACAGAAUGUUUGGUGGGAGUUUUUUGGGGGAUGAAGGCUAAAGCAAUAAAAAAGCAUUUUCCA